AUGGAGUUUGUCAACGGGAGUAGGGUUCAGGAAUUCGUUUUGCUGGGAUUUGAGCUUGGACAGUCGAAGCGGUUCCUGCUCCUCCUCUUUUUUGGCACUCUCUACGUGUUGACGUUGGCUGAGAACAUCACCAUCAUCACCCUGGUGGUUCUAGACACCCACCUGGCCCGGCUCCCCAUGUACAUCCUACUGAGCAACUUCUCCUGGCUGGAGAUCUGUUACGUGAGCGCCACCGUGCCCCGGAUGCUCUUUGACUUGGCAUCCCCUUAUGGCAUCAUUUCCUUCAGCGACUGCUUCCUCCAGUUUUACAUCUUCUUCUCUCUGGGCACGACAGAAUGCUUCUUCCUCUCCUCCAUGGCCCUGGACCGGUACUUGGCCAUUUGCCACCCGCUGCGCUAUCCACAAAUUAUGUCCCCAAAUUGUUGUUAUGCGCUGGUAACUGCCUGUUGGCUUUUGGGAUUCCUGGUGUAUGUUAUCCCGGUGAUUUUGAUCUCCAAGAUGUCCUUCUGUGGCCCCAAUAUUAUUGACCAUUUUCUGUGUGAUCCGGGGCCAAUUUUAUCCUUGGCUUGUCCCCCCCUACCAAACGCACCAAUCAUCAUUCAAACAAUCAUGAACGUUGUCGUUUGUCUAGGUGACAUGUUCUUUGUUAUGCUAUCCUAUGGGGCCGUGAUUCUUACUCUGAUGAAAAGCUCCCGCCCAGGCAACCGGAUGAAGUCCUUCUCCACCAUAUCUUUCCACUUAGUGGUGGUAGCGCUUUUCUACGGCCCCGUGGCAGGGUCUUAUGUAGUCCCAGCUGGAGAAAGCGAGGCAAAGGUCAUUAAGGUAAUAACACUCUUCUACACCGCGGUGACGCCAUUUCUGAACCCCAUGAUCUAUUGCCUGAGAAAUGAUCAGGUGAAAGAUGCACUGGGCAGGUUGUGGAAGAGAAAGGCAAUGUUUCUGAAGAGGAAAGAGACCAUGUAA